AUGCAUAUGAGCAAGAAUAAGCUCAUUUUACUGCUUGGAAUGAUCUGUUUGGAACAGAGUAAAUCUGCAACUCUCUCUCUCCCCAAAGCUCCCGCUUGUGGGCAGAGUCUGGUUAAGUCACGGCCUUUGAAUUACCUUAACAUUUUCAGUCGCAUUGUUGGGGGAAGACAAGUGGAAAAGAGUUCCUACCCUUGGCAGGUGUCUUUGAAACGAAGGCAGAAGCAUGUCUGUGGUGGGACCAUCAUCUCUCCAGAGUGGGUGGUCACAGCUGCUCACUGUGUUGCAAACAGAAAUAUUGCAUCAACUUUCAACGUUACUGCUGGAGAAUAUGACUUGAGCUAUAUAGAGCCAGGAGAGCAAACCCUCACCAUUGAAAGCAUCAUCAUACACCCAUAUUUCUCUACCAAGAAACCAAUGGAUUAUGAUAUUGCUCUUUUGAAGAUGGCUGGAGCUUUCCAUUUUGACCAGUCUGUGGGACCCGUGUGUCUUCCAGAGCUAGGGGAACAAUUUGAGCCUGGAUUUAUUUGUACAACCACAGGCUGGGGCCGCUUGAAUGAAGAUGGCGUCGUCCCACAAGUCUUGCAGGAAGUGAACCUGCCCAUUUUGACCCAGGAUGAGUGUAUUACAGCUCUGUUGACCUUACAGAAACCCAUUAGUGGGCGGACCUUUCUCUGCGCAGGCUUCCCAGAUGGAGGAAGAGAUGCAUGUCAGGGAGACUCAGGAGGUUCCCUCAUGUGCCGGAAUAAGAAAGGGACUUGGACUCUGGCUGGUGUGACUUCCUGGGGUUUGGGCUGUGGUCGAGGUUGGAGAAAUAAUCUGCAGAAAGAUGAUCAAGGAUCCCCUGGGAUCUUCACAGAUCUUACUAAAGUGCUUCCCUGGAUCCACAAACACAUCCAAAUUGGGAAGCUGAGAAAGCACUCCAGAGCCUCAUGCAGUGAGCAGGACCCUGUGAUCAGAGCAUCAGAAGGGGAGCUGCACUUCCCAGAAAGCCCCUUCCUGUAUUAGAGCAAGCAACUGUGUGUCUGGACCCUGUUUGUACCAGAGGGAAUGCACGUGCUCCUCAAUUUUUCCCACUUCGAUGCAGAGUCUUGUCACCACAAUUACCUGUCAAUGUAUUCUUUAGAAGACACACUUAUUGGGAAAUUCUGUGGGAACAGCCUGGCUUCAUCGGUUCUCGUUGGCUCCAACGCUAUAAGGCUGAGGUUCACCUCUGAUGCCACAGACUAUGCUGUUGGGUUUAAUCUCACGUAUAAAGCUCUUAAACUACCUUCCUGGUAAAACCAGUCAGGCUGCAGCUCCUUAACUAUCCUUUUUGAAGAAGGCCUCAUACAGAGUCUUCACUAUCCUGAAGACUACAGCAACAUGGCCAGCUGCAACUGGGUUUUUCAAGCCCCCUAACAUCACCUCGUUAAGCUUUCCUUUCAGAACCUGGAAGCAGAAGAAAGUGGAGAUUGCACUUCCGACUAUGUGAGCAUGCACAGGGAUGUAGAAAGGAAGAAAGAAAUAGCUCCACUGUGUGGCUUUGUUGUCCCCGCCCCUGUGGUGAGCAUCUCCAGGGUGAUGUCCGUCAGCUUCCAGUCCGAUGAAAACAUGACCUUCAGAGGCUUCCAGGCUACAGUCUCCUUCGUUCCUCAAACAGGUAAGAAGAUUGAGGCCCCAACUCCUCAGGUCUCAAGUCUCAUCCUCCUGCUGUGGUAA